CUGCAGUUUGCGUCUCACUGUACCCAGUCACGGCUGUGUGUGAAAUGUGUUUAAAUAGCUGCUUUCUCAAAAUAUUAUUCCACGAGGACAGACUUCAGGCAGAAUUUAUCAACUCUAAACUCUGCAGAGCCCUUGAGGAUGUUCAACUGGUAGUGAUUUGGUUUUGAAAAGAGGAGACCAGGAAAAAAUGGAAAACAAAGUGGAAAACAAUCUCACGGACAAAGAGAGCUUCACCCUGCAGGAGGUCAGACUCAUCCUGAUCGGAGGGAGAUGGGCUGGAAAGAGUUCGUGUGGCAACACCAUACUGAGAAAGGAAAGGUUUGAGUGUGGCCGAACCAGAACGGCUCAGUCCGAAGUGAGACAUGAAGAAGUGGAGGGCAGGAAGUUGACCGUGGUCGAUGCUCCAGGAUGGAGCAGCUCUCUCUCCCUCACAGAGAUCCCAGAGGUUGAAAAGCAAAUGUUUAAACUCAAUGCAUCCAUGUGUCUGCCCGGACCACAGGUUUUUCUCCUCGUAAUUCCUAUAGAUUCAGCUUUUUCUGUGGAGCAGAAGAAGACCGUAGAGGAGCACAUGAAACUCCUAGGAGAGCGGGUUUGGAGAUACACCAUGUUGCUGUUCACCUGUGGGGAUUUCCUCGGGGAGAAGACGAUAGAGCGGCACAUUGAGAGUGAGGGAGAUGCACUCAAGUGGUUAAUAGAGAAGUGCAGGAACAGGUACCAUGUGUUCAAUAACAAGGAUAAAAGUAACUUAUCUCAGGUCACACUGUUGCUGGAGAAGAUAGAUGAAAUGGUGUGGCACAACAAUGACAGUUGCUAUGAGGUAGAUGAACAGACUUUUACCAUCAUUAAAGAGAAACAACAAGAGGUGGCUGAAAGGGCAGAAAAGAGACGCAGGAGGGCAGAGGAGCAAAGACAACAAAUGAAAAUGCUCAUUCCAGAAGAGAUGAAACCCAUCCCAAAACUCCAGAUGGUUCUCUUGGGAUCUCGAAAUGCUGGAAAAACCUCAAUGGGGAGCACCAUCUUGGGAAAUAAAAAGCAAGAAGACGGGAAAAGAACGACACACUCUGUGGCCCAGCAGGGUUUUGUGGGUAAAACUGAAAUAACUCUUGUUGACACACCAGGUUGGUGGAAAGGCUUCCCUGUGUUUGACACUCCUAAAGUGAUCAAAGAGGAACUGAGGCGCAGCAUGUUUCUGUGCCCCCCCGGGCCCCACGUCUUCCUUGUGGUGAUAGAUGCAGAUGCAUCCUUCACUGCAAAACACUUACAUGCUGUAACAACACAUGUGGAGCUUCUUGGAGAAGGAGUGUGGAGACACAGUAUGGUAGUUUUCACCAAGGGAGACUGGCUGCGGACACACACCAUAGAGGAGUACAUUGAAGGGGAGGGAGAGGCCUUACAGUCUCUAGUUGAACGAUGUGGAAACAGAUAUCAUGUCAUUGAUAACAAGAAUACUGACAAUUGUACUCAAGUAACAGAGCUGCUGGAGAAAAUCACUGAGACUGUAGCUAGAAAUGGUUGGGAUCAUUUUAUCCCUGAUGAGCAGAUAUUUAUGAUGAUUGAAGAAAGACGAAGAAAAGUGGAAGAAGGAGCAAGACUGAGGGAAAGUCAAGUCAAGGCCAAAAGAAACACCGUCAGAGAUUCCAGAAACAGGUUACAGGAGCUGAGGAUAGUGAUGUUUGGUCAGAAGAAGUCUGGAAAGAGUGCAACAGGAAAUAACCUCCUGCGUAAAAAAGUGUUUCCCACUUGUGACACUGAGCACUGUCAGGUGGAGGAAGGGGAAGUUCCUGGCAGAAGGAUCACAGUGAUCGACACCCCGGGUUGGUGGAGAAAGUCGCCUGACUACACCACAGAGAUGGAGAAAGAGAUUGUUGGAGGUCUUUCAGUGAGUCCAUUAGGGGUCCAUGCAGUUCUGCUGGUCAUUCCUUUGGACCUGAUGUUCAGAGAGGUUCAGCAGGUCGCUCUGGAGGAGCACAUGAACCUUUUUGAUGCCAGUGUGUGGAAACACACGAUGGUUCUGUUCACAUUUGGAGACAAACUAGCAGAUAAAUCUGUAGAGGAGCACAUUGAGCGGGAGCACGGUGCUCUAUGCUGGUUGGUAGACAAGUGUGAGAACAAGUACCAUGUCAUGAACAACACAAAAAAAACUGAUAUGAGUCAGGUCACUGAGCUGUUUGAGAAGAUAGAGGAAAUGGUGGCAGGGAACAGCAGCCGCCUCUUCUACCCGGACAUGAACGACAUCCACCUGAGAAUUGAGGAGAAGUUCAAGAGGAAGCAGAUCAAACAUGUGCUGAAGCAUCGAAUGGAGAAGGAGUACAGGAGGAGAGAGCUGGAGCUGAUGAUGGGCUUCAAGGAAAAACUCCUUGAACUGCAGGCUGAGAUCAGGAGAAGUGCAAUCAGCACUAAAUCUAAGUCACUGACCAGAGGUAUUGGUCAGAGGAAGAAGGAUGGAAAGGAGGAGGAGGAAACCAUAGAUGUGAAAAUCAGCAAGGAAAUUGAAAAGUUGGAUAAGGACAUACUGAGAUCCGCAGAUUUUCUUCAUAGCAGCAUGGAACUCCUUACUCCUGACCUGAAAGGAGACAGUCCAGCACCAUCUAUUGCUGCGUCUUUAUCAGACAGGAAAAAAUCCACUAGCACCUUUGACAAAGUUCUGGGCUGGAUAUCUACACUUCCCACAGGUGCGAAUGCAGACAGCAAACUGACCCUCAACUUCUCUCAGACAUCAGGGUACAGAUCUGAGCUACCACAUGAGGAGUUGGACUUAAAUUCAGAAGCUGAUAUUCUUGAAUAAAAAGACUGGUGUAAUAGAAAAUGCAUUUUAACCAUAUAGAAUUUGCACAAUUUUCAGUGGUGUGGGAAAAGGGGGUAGGCUGUAUGCUCAAAAGCAUGGAAGACUCAGUAUUUUGAAAUCAUAUUAUGAUAUAGUCCUCUGGGGCAGUGACAGCCUAAGGGUCAGAAAACUAAGACUUAGAGCUGCUCAGUGUACAACAAAUCACACUGUGUGUGUCCUUGCAAAAGUGCAUUUGUACACAGCUAGUCUGGGCUAAUAAAGGUAUAAGUUGUAGGUACUGACACAGAUGUCAAUAUCAAACAGUAUCAUACAUAGUUCUUGUAUAACUGAAUCCAAGUUUAAAUUGCAGAAGUGUUCUUGUCUCGAGGAACAAUAUAUUAGCUACAACUUACAAUAUAAGUACAAUAUAACAUAUUCCAGUAAUUAAACUGUACUAGAUCCUGCUCCCUGCUCGUCAUUCUUUUUAAGGGAUUAAUAUCUCUGUCUUAACAUUUUCAUUAAGGGUUUCAGUAAAGUUGAGGGGAAUUUAACUCCCAAGACCUUUGGUACCUAGUGACAGUCAACCGUUUUUCAGUCCACAAAUUACAGUAAUUAUUAAGUAUAUACAGACAUGUGACAAAUUAAAGGAAAAGCCAGAAAAAUUAGCAGAGAAUCCAAAUGGUACAAGGGGUCGCUGAAUGGUUUGACAAGUAUGGAAAUGAUGUGAAUCAUACCUAUAUGAACAACCAUAUGGCCUUCACAGUCACCAGAUUUCAACCCAAUUGAACAACUAUAGGAGAUUUUUGGACUCAUGGCACUCUCCACCAGAAUUAAGAAACUUACACAAAUAAUGCCAUGGUGGAGUGAAACUGCUCUGGUAGCAUGUGGUGGCCCAACAUCUUGCUAAGACAUUUCAUGUUGGUUUUUCCUUUUAUUUGUCACCUCUCUGAACAAGUAUCAAUCAAAUACUUACUGGAUAUCUGAGUGUAAGCACAGGAAAGAAGAUGAGAAGUCAGAGAAUAAGUGGGUGACAACAUUGUGUUUAAGACAGACUUAAAAAUGAAAAUACAUGAUAAGGUUUUUUUUAAAUUAACAAGAACCUAUUUAAUUAUUACCGGGUAAUGUGAAGGAAAAAUUUGUAAGGUUAACAGUAUGAUAUUGCAAUGAAGUUACAAGAUUAUGAUACACUUAUAAAAUGUAUUCUUUGGGAAAUCAUAAUUCAUUUAUUUAUUAAAUAUGUAUAGCUUUUAUUAUCAAUAUAUUGUGAAUAUAUAUGUGUGAUGGAUAAUAAAGGGUUCUGAAACUGA